AUGUCGGUCGCCGACCUCAAAGCCAAGGGCAAUGCCGCCUUUGCCGCAAAGGACUACCAAGGUGCCAUCCAGAACUACAACGAUGCCAUCGCUGCAGCCACCUCGCCCGAGGACAACGUCCACGUCCUCUACUCGAACCGCUCCGCUUGCUACGCCGGUCUUCGCGACUGGGACCAUGCGCUCGAGGAUGCUGAGGCCUGCAUCAAAGCCAACCCUUCUUUUGCUAAGGGCUACGGCCGCAAGGGUGCCGCUCUUCACGGCGCACGCAGGCUCGAAGACGCCGUCGACGCUUAUGAUGCUGGCCUCAAGAUCGCGCCUGAAGACGCUGGACUCAAAAAGGGCCUGGAAGACGUCCGUCGUGCUGUCGAGAACGAGGCGGCGAACGGCCCCGGUCCUGCGGCCUCGCUUGGUCAAAUGUUCAACGACCCGCAGCUGUUCGCCAAGCUCAGCGCCAACCCAAAGACAGCCGGUCUCCUGUCUGACCCUGCCUUUAUGGCCAAGCUCAAGUCGAUCCAGGCUAACCCCAAGGAGGCAUCAAUGGCUUUCCAGGACCCACGGAUGAUUCAGGUUAUGGGUGUGCUCAUGGGCAUCGACUUGCAAGCUUUCGAGCGUCCCGAGGGCUCGGAUGAGCUGCCUGCCGAUCUCGAGAACCGUCGCGAGGACAUUGAAAAGCAGACCGCCAGCUCGUCCUCUUCUGCCCCGGCAGCCGCCACCGCCGCCUCGUCUUCCUCUUCUGCCCCCGACGUCGAGAUGAAGGACGCCAAGCCUUCUUCUGCAUCCACACAGCCCCCCGCCCAGGAACAAGAGGACGAAGAAGACGAAGAAAAGAAAGCUAAAGCGGCGGCCGACGCGGAAAAGAAGCUCGGCAACGAACGAUAUCUCAAGCGCGACUUUGACGCUGCCAUUUCGCACUACAACAGAGCCUGGGAGCUCCACAAAGACAUCACAUACCUCAACAACCUCGGCGCCUGCUACUUUGAGCAGGGCAAGUACGACGAGUGCAUCAAGGCGUGCGAGAAGGCCGUGGAGGAAGGAAGAUCCAUGCGCGCCGAUUUCAAGCUGGUCGCCAAAGCAUACGGGCGCAUCGGCUCUGCCUACGCCAAGCAGGAUCAACUGGAGCUGGCAAUUACGAACUUUGAAAAGGCCCUGACGGAGCACCGCACGCCGGACAUCCUCGCCAAGCUGCGCGAGGCGGAGAAGUUGCAGAAGGAGCGCACGCGACAGGCGUACAUUGACCCUGCCAAGGCCGAGUCGGAGCGCACGCGCGGAAACGAGCUGUACAAGAAGGGCGACUUCCCCGGGGCGGUGGCUGCGUUUAGCGAGGCGAUCAAGCGCGAUCCCUCGGACCCUCGCGGAUACUCCAACCGCGCAUCGGCGUACACUAAGCUCGCUGCGCUGCCCGAAGCCCUCAAGGACAGCGAAGAGGCCAUCCGCGUCGACCCCAAGUUCGUGAAGGGCUACGUGCGCAAGGCCAACGUGCUGUUCAGCAUGAAGGAGUACACCAAAGCCAUGGAGGCCUGUCAGAAGGCCGAGAGUGUCGAUGCGGAACAGGAAGGCGGCGCCAAGAACGCGAGGGAGAUCCAGGCUUUGAUGUCCAAGUGCAUGAACGAGCUCUACUCGCAAAGGUCCGGCGAGAGCGAGGAGGAGACCCUGCAGCGCGCCAUGCGUGACCCCGAGGUCGCCCAGAUCAUGCAGGAUCCUGUCAUGCAGUCCAUCUUGCAGCAGGCUCAGGGUAACCCCGCCGCGCUGCAGGAGCACAUGAAGAGCCCCAUCAUCAGGGAGAAGGUGCAGAAGCUCAUUGCGGCUGGCAUUAUUCGUACCCGUUGA